AUGCCGUUGCCAGCGUUGCCAGACAUUCCGUUGAGUCUUGCACUCCCCGCUGCGGCGACCACACUCGCGUAUCUCAACGCACGAUGGUCGGUUUCCUACGAUUUGAAGCUCAUCAAAGGAGGGUUGACGACGGCUAUGAGAGCCCAUUUCGCUGAACGCGGCGACCGCCUGAACCUCUUCUACGUACUGGAGUCCCAUGCGCUCAAUCCUAAAACCGCCGACCACGAAUUUAUCGUAUACAAUGGCCAAGCAACAAGCUUCCACGAAACCUAUCUCAUGGCCCUUCGCUAUGGAACCUGGUUCAAAAGUGUGCACGGCAUCAAGUGCAAGGAGAUCGUCGCGAUCGACUUCAUGAACUCGUCCACUUUCAUCUUCAUGGUGCUGGGACUUUGGAGUAUUGGGGCAGUCCCUGCAUUUAUCAACUACAAUCUGACCGGCAAGCCGCUCAUACACUCUAUCCGGACGUCCACUGCAAGGCUCCUGAUAAUUGACGAAGAAGUCCGCCACUGCUUCACGGCAGAGCAGGAGGAAAUCCUGACAUCCCCGACCUUCCGUGAUGGCAAGGGGCCGAUUGAGAUGGUCUUCCAUACCCCAGAGGUGGAAGCAGAGAUUAUGGCCAUGGAACCUACCCGAGAGGACGACAAGGUCCGCAGAGGCGUGAUCCCUCGCGACAUGGCCAUUUUGAUUUACACAAGUGGUACCACUGGACUUCCCAAACCCGCCAUUGUCAGUUGGAAGAAGUGCUGGGCUGGUAGUGUGUUCAUUCAAAGUUGGAUGAAUGUGACUCCCUCUGACAGAUUCUUCACGUGCAUGCCCCUCUACCAUAGUUCCGCCACUGUGCUUGGAUUUAUCACUUGUUUGAUGAGUGGAGCGACCUUGAUUGUUGGCCGUCGUUUCUCUGCGCGUAACUUCAUCAAGGAAGCUCGUGAGAAUAAUGCGACCAUCAUCCAGUAUGUGGGUGAAACUCUGCGUUAUCUAUUGGGUGUGUCUCCUGAAGUUGAUCCGGUGACUGGCGAGGAUCUUGAUAAGAAACACAACAUCCGGCUGGCGUUUGGAAACGGAUUGCGUCCUGAUAUUUGGAAUCGCGUCAAGGAGCGCUUCAACAUCCCCACGGUGGCUGAGUUCUAUGCCGCCACUGAAGGUACCGCGGGCUCGUGGAACAUUUCGUCCAACGACUUCUCCGCCGGUGCUAUCGGCCGAAAUGGCGCUCUAGGAAACAUCAUUCUUGGUCGUUCCUCUGCCAUUGUGGAUGUUGAUCACGAGACACAGGAACCAUGGCGGGACCCCAAGACUGGCCUCUGCAAGAAGGUUCCCCGGGGUGAUCCUGGCGAGCUACUGUUCGCCAUCGAUGCAACGGAUCCCACUGCCAAUUUCCAGGGUUACUUUGGCAAUAAGAAGGCGACCGAAGGCAAGAUCAUCCGUGAUGUGGUCAAGAAGGGGGAUGCCUAUUUCCGGACGGGUGACAUGGUUCGAUGGGACAAAGAUGGCCGCUGGUUCUUCUCGGAUCGCAUAGGCGAUACCUUCCGGUGGAAGAGCGAGAACGUAUCCACCAGCGAGGUUGCCGAGGUUCUAGGCUCGCAUCCUGAGGUGCACGAAGCCAAUGUUUACGGCGUUGCUCUUCCCAAUCACGAUGGCCGUGCCGGGUGCGCAACCGUCGUCUUCAAGCAGCAGAUGGCAAGCGGUAAAAGCUCUGAGUCUGCACUAGAGCCCGCGGCUGAGGUACUUAACAGCUUGGCCACUCACACUCUCCAAAACCUACCCCGGUUCGCGGCCCCGCUGUUCUUGCGGAUUGCACCUGAGACGCAGGCGACUGGUAACAACAAGCAGAUGAAGCAUAUUCUUCGGACCGAAGGCGUGGAUCCAUCUCUUGUGUCGGCUAGAGACCGACUAUACUGGCUCCAGGGAAAUACCUAUGUUCCUUUUGGACAGAGGGACUGGGAUCGAUUGAAUGGCGGUCAGGUUCGACUUUAA